AUGGCCAGGGGGAAACGGGGGGCGGGUCGCAGGCCUGCUGCUUCGUCCCGCAGCACAGCGGCUUCCCGAGGUGCUUCCCGUGGCGGUGCAGCUGCCUCAGCGAAUGCAGAAUAUAUGUCCGACAGCUCUGAGGACUUCUUGCCUCUGAGCGGAGGGAGAAAAGGUGAACAAGACAGCGAAGACGAGACCACAAUGAUGCAACAGAUGGGCUUUGAGGAUGCCGAGGACACUGCCAGUGACGAGGAUGAGGAGGAAAGCACGGAGGGGGGAUCGCCAGAGUCGGAAGAGGGUAGUGACGACGAUGACCAAGAUGAUGUUGACGCUUCAGAUGAUGCCGCCGCCAACUCCGCCCCCAGCUCCGAUGAGGAAACCCGCACGGCCUGGGGCCGGAAAGCCAAAGACUUCUACGACGAAGGGAGCGACGAGGAAAGCAGCGAAGACGAAGAGGAGCUGCAGGAGAGAGCGGCUGAGGCGGUGCGGGUCACGGAGGUGGAGGAGAUGGAGGGGGUCAGAGAGGAGCACUUCGGAGCCGAUCCCAGGUCCAUUGAAGCGUUGAAAAAGCUGCUCGACAUGCAGGGCAAGUCGCUGCCGCAGCAGCAGAAGGGGGCCGACAAAAAGGCGGCAGAGGGAACUGAACAGGAAAUGCUGUGGCAGGCGAGGCUUGAUGCGGAAGUGGGUGCAAUUCUGGAUGGAUUUGCGGUUUCUACGGAGCAGCAGCAGCAGCAGAAACCGCAGGCGGCAGCAGCAGGCUUGAGUGAAGAUGAAUUAAAGGAGAUAGUGAAUACGGCCCACCCCGAGCUGGAGGGGCUGCUACAGGAGCUGCGGGACUCACUAAAGGAAAUAAAUCAAAAAGUCGAACCGUUAAUCACUCUCGCUAAGGCCAAAAGGUUCUUAACCCAAGAGGGCGUGUCUCUCUUGGACGCCAAGAACCAGCUGUUGCUAUCUUACUUGACAUACCUUGCCUAUUACAUUUUGUUGAAGGCGCAUGGGGUGCCUAUUGCCACUCAUCCCGUCCUUGAGCGCCUAAUAGAGACGAAGCUACUGCUGCAGAAAUUGCGGCCGAUUGAAGCAGCACUGAAGCCGCAAUUGCAGCGGCUGCUGUCUAGCGCAAGGGAAGGGUCACAUGGUUCAGCGGCGCCUCGCGCACGACCGGAAGCUUUUGCUGCAGUUGGUGAAUCUGAUGGGGAUGAGAGUGGAGAUGACAAUGGAGAUGAAAGUGCAAGUGGGAGUGAAGCCUCAGAUGUAGAGGGAGACGAGACCAAACUGUCGCCACAGAUGAUUGAGAUGGAACACAUUGCAGAUAAUGCCUCAGCAUCCAGACGUGCCGCUCGCGAGUUACAACGCGCUGCAGCCCGACUAAAGAAGAGCGAAAUGGUGCGGGCAGUGAAGGAAAUGACUGGGGAUGCUCCUGAGGAAGUAGGAAUAGAAAGGUGGUUGGCGGCUAAGGCCCACAAAGAGGCAGCCAGGGAGGCGGGGCUAGUAGGAGACGAUGAAGACAUGCAGCUGAUGAGAAGGUCUUUGUCAAAAAAGGAAAGGAAAGUCCAAGCCGCUCAGCGCGCGCUUUUUGAGCGCCGCGCGGCUCUUUCUGUUGGCUCUACCUUAGAGGAUUUAUCAAUUUUUUGUGAAGAGGAGUUGGGGGGUGUUGGCGAGGACGACGAUGGACCCUUUGACUUGCAAAGUAGAGGGAAAGGGAAGGAGAAAACCCGAGGGAGGGGCAUGUUAAGUCACUAUUUGAAUGCAGCAAAACAAGCAGCAGAAGAAAACAAGAAACUGAACAAGGCGUUUGCAGAGAAACUCGUCAUCGCCAGACAACAAAAUCUUCAACAUUUGAACAGGAAGAACCAUAAGGAAAUGGACAAGUCAGCUCCAAAAAAAACGACAGCAGGGUCGGAAGAAAGUGAAGACGAAGAGUUUGCGCGUUUAGUUGAGGAGACAAAAGUGCGAAAGGAAAAGAAGAAGCAACAGAUGAAAGAAAAGGCGGAGCAGUUCCUACCAGAAAGUGAACCGGAAUUUGAAGGAAGAAGGCACGUGACGAAAGAAAUAAUGGCGAAUAGAGGGCUCGUGAGGAAGCGAAAAAAGUAUGAGGGAAAUGCGCGCGUCCACAACCGAAUGAAGUUCGAACGGAAAACGAAGAAGCUCAAAUCACUGAGGCCAGAAAUGCGUGCAGUGGAAGACCGGAGCUACGAAGGCGAAGUUUCUGGCCUGCGUGCAAACCUGAAGAGGUCGCGAACACUGAAUUGA